UCUGUGCGUCCGUCCAUCCGGCCGCACCAGGAAACCCAACACCGCGGAGGGGGGGACAAAGGCUGCGUUGUCCCCUCCUGCGGCGUGGCUAUAAAACAUCCCGAAACCUCCCCAACCCCCCCCGACACCUCCCGGGGGCCACGACCCGCCCGCAGCUCUCUGACCACAGCGUGGGCUCCUGUGCCAGGUGGCAGCUGAGACAUCCCUCAGACCUGCUCCCCCUCCCUGUGGUCCCGCUUGAAGCUUUUGGUCCCCUGGGAGUAGCUCCCGGCCCCGGGACCCUCCUCAGCCCUGCAGGUCUGAGACCCCUCAGAGCCGCUGCACCCUGGGCUGAGGGAGGGCAGAGGGUCUCCCUGGGACACCCUCAGGGUGCAACCCCCUCCCGGCUCCUGUCCCUGCACCUCCAGCGUGUGCGGGGCCAUGGCCACGGGCGAACUGACUGAGCUGGAAUUGGCCAUCGAGAAGAUCAUCGACAUCUUCAUCACCUGCGCGGGCAAGGAGGGCAGGAAGGGCACCCUGAGCACCAGCGAGUUCAAGGAGCUGGUCCAGCUCCAUCUGCCCAACCUGAUGAAGGACGUGCCCUCUCUGGAGGAGAAGAUGAGCGAGCUGGACAUGAACAACGAUGAGGAGCUGAGAUUUGGGGAGUUCUGGCGGCUCAUCGGGGAGUUGGCCAAGACCAUGAGGAGAGAGAAAAUGGGCAAGAAGUGACGGGGCCAUGGGAGACUCAGCUGACGUGGAGCAAAUAAAAGAGGUUUCCCUGA